UCCUUCUCACUUAUACUGCCCCUUCAAAUAUUGAAUACAGACAUCUCAAUUUCCACUAAACUUUGACAAGAUGCGCACAUUCGUAACUGGCGCUACUGGUUGGAUUGGACAAGCCGUCAUCAAGGAACUGCUGAGCGCCGGCCAUCAGGUCCUAGGACUCUCCCGUUCUGAUGCCGGAACGAAAAAGCUGGAAUCUCUGGGGGCAGAGGUACACCUAGGAUCACUACAGGAUCUAGAGAGUCUCAAAGCAGGUGCAGCAGCAUCGGACGCAGUCAUCCAUUGCGCCUUCACACACGACUUCAAACCCGAAGAAAAGGAAGGAGCGCAGUCGGACAAGGAAGAGAAGCCUGUAGGCGACUUCGUAGACUGGUGUCGUAUUGAUAGGGUUGCCAUCGAGACAAUUGGUGCCGCCCUGUUGGGAACAAAGAAGCCAUUCGUUGUCACAAGUGGCACUCUCUUACUCCCGCAGGGCCGCCUCGUCACGGAAAAUGACUUACCAGACCUUAGCACGCCACUUGCGGCUGCUCGUGGACCAUCAGAGACUGCUACUAUUGACCUGGCCAAGCAAGGUGUUCACGCGAUGGUCAUAAGACUAGCACCAACCAACCACGGUGAAGGUGAUAAAGGCUUCAUCGCAAUGAUGAUCGCGACCGCUCGCAAGAUUGGAAAGUCAGCCUACAUCGGGGAAGGACAUAGUCGGUGGCCGGCAGUCCACCGGCUUGACACUGCUCGACUGUAUAAAUUGGCCCUCGAGAAGGGCUCUGCUGGGUCGAUCUACCAUGCGGUAGCAGAAGAGGCGGUGCUUGUGAAAGAUAUUGCAGAGGCCAUCGGCCAGAAGCUGGGGCUGCCUACCAUUAGUAUGGGAGCAGAGGAAGUCUUAGAGCACUAUGGCUUUCUUGGUCUCGCAAUGGGCGGUAACAAUCCGACCUCGAAUGUGAAGACGAAGAACGAGCUGGGGUGGGAGCCGAAGGAGAUACCGCUCUUGGAGGACAUUAAGCAAGGAAAGUACUUCACAUCUGUGUGA